AUUUAGUUUAUUUCGGGAUUCGGUGGCCACUGAACGUCUACUAGCUCUAGACACUCUGUAAAUCACCACCAAAAGAAUUUGAUUUUGUCGGUUUUUCCUUUUUGUCAGAAAAAAAAAACAACACAACACAAGAAGAAAACAGCCUCGCAGGAAGUAUUCUUUUCGUCACUCUCGCGGCACUAUGUAAAAUAGAAAAAUAGAUCAUUCGAAUCUGAAAAAGUUUUUGAAUGUUGAGGAAUAAAAAGUCACCUGCACUCAGAGGGGAUACAAAACACCGCCGACCACAAUAAAAAAAUCGGGACCGAAAAUAACGAAUUGUGAAAAAGAACAAAACAUAAACUAUCGCCUUAACGAAAAGUUGAUCAUUUGAAAAAUAUAGAGAAAAAAAAACGAAACAACAGCUAAUAUUUUUUUAAUAUUCAGUGUUGAAUUUUAAAAAACGUGGGUUAUAUAAGCAAUUUUUAAUUGUACUUUCUAACAUAUUUCUUUGUUUUUGAGUGCAAAACACUGUGAAAAAACAGAUCCUUGCCAAAAAUAAGGAGAAAGUUCAAAAUAGUUCAUGUACUAUUUUCUUUUUUUAAUUUUGUUGAGCAAAAAGUCUUAUUUUCUAUCUGAUGUGUGUGUUUAUAAAUAGUUGCAAUUCUAAAAUAAUCCAUAAAAUAUACCCUGGGAUAAGAACACAGUCCCCCUUUUAAAACACCAUCAACAUUCAACACGACGAUCUGCAAACUUAUUUGAAAAAAGAAAUAUCUACAAAAAAGGAACAAAAUUCUAUGAUUUUAAAAUGAAUAAUUCAUCGUUCAGAACAAAUACUUUACCAACAAAACUGAAAGUGGAACGCUCUAUGCCUAAAUGGGUGACAGAGGCAAACGACCGAAUUGGCCCCAAGCCACCACUACCACCACCCUCAACUAAUGGCGGAGGAGCUUCGUCAACUUUCCGACCACCAGCAUUGCCGCCAAAAAAGAAUCAACCCGAACCCGACUAUGAAGUUAUUGAAUUUUCUGGUCAACAAUAUUCGAACGAACCGACAACGAUAGCAAUGCGUCCAAAAACUCCUGAUGCAAGACGCCCCGAAUCUGCAAUGAAAUGCACUUUAUGCGGUUCCAACAGUCCCUGGGUAACGUGUGACGAAUGCGCUCAACAAAUAUUUUGUGCAUCAUGCGAUGAUAUGUUCCAUAAGCAUCCCAAACGAAAGACACAUCUGAGGAAGGCAAUUGAAGUAAAAAAAGGAACUACACCUCUUAUCCCACCAAAAGCCUUAACUCCAACUGCUCCGGUUGCACCUCCACGUCGUAAUAAAAAGGGAAUGCCAUCACCAAUGCCACUUCGAAGGGAUCAGGUGAUAGGUUCUACAGCAACAACACCAUCAGUCUCGCCGGUGCCUGGAAGCCAGCAACAACAACCAGCUGCAUGGCAAGAUCGUUUAGGUUCUUUGCGAAGGGGCCUUAACUUAGGCAAUCGACCAUUACCAGAAACACCAAGAACUCCCAGCGAUGGAGUUUCGUCAAGAUCAACUACACCAAAUAGCAAAUCAGUUUUCGAUCAGAUUCAAAAGCCUCCAUCGAUAACGUUGGAGAAAAUAAAAACUAAGGCCAGUGCUACACUUGACAGAAUGGCUUUGUUGCAGCAGAGAUACCGACAACAUAAGCAGUCAAAACCAAACGAGAAAAUUGCCAAUGGACAAAGGGAGCAAAAUUUACCAUCCGACCAAUGGUCAAACAUAUCAUCGCCUUCACAAUUUCGGUCUGGCAGCAUGUCAUCUGGUAUCAAUUCAUUUGACUAUCCUGACGAUACACCGUUUCAUUUUAAUCAACAGAUGUCCAUGGGUGGCAUGAGGGGUCAAGGUUCUUCGGCAAGAAAUAUGAGUACUUCGGUAUUUAAUUUAAAUCAAAUGAGUCAACAAAGGCAUCAUAGGGAUCAGCAAUCACCCAUGUGGAUGGGUGGCGGAAGCCAAAUGCAACAGGCGCAAUCAAUGGCUCAGUUAAACUGCAUUAAUUGUCAUAGCCACGGAGGCUGGAAUCAGUCUCAUCAGCAUUCAGAAGAUUGGCCAGGUGCAGCAAAUUCGAAUUUGAAUCGAUCGAAUAUGAGUCUGAAUGUGACACAUGGUUUCUAUCCGAAUCCGCAUAACCAACACAUGAUGCAUGCUCCACCCGUAUUUAUGAACAUGCCCGGAAUGUAUCCAUAUCCAAUGGGAAUGCCUGUUACAGCAAUGAAUCCAGGUAUGAUGGGAAUGCCGUCAUCAGGGAGGUCUCGGGUACAAUCUCGUGCCAGUUCGAGAGUUCCCUCUCCAACUCACAGUCGAAAGUCUAUGCAAGUUCGCAGCAAGAAACGAAAUGAUUUCAGUGAAAAUGAACUCACAGAUGAUGAAGACUCCGAAAACGAUGAUCGGCGAUCAUUAAUGUCACAACGAUCAGGAAUGGCAAAUGCACGACGCACUCGAAGGCUAUCAAGUGUUUCGCAAGCUUUGGAGCAAGAUGAGCCUAGAAGUCUUAGAACAAAGGCAAUGAGUUCGAGAGAUCGUCGAGGACCUUCUAUGCCAAAAUCUGUACAAGACGACUGGACCUCGUCCAGGAGGCCUUCAAUAGCUACUAGCAAUGCGAAUUCUAAUUUCAAUUCAUACCGAAAGGUUUAUUCAGAUUCACCAAUUUCACCAGACUCCGAGGCUUCAGAAGCACCACCUACCAGAGCCUUGGUACAGGCUAAAAUUCAGGAAAAAAUGAAAGAAUCAUCUUCGAAGACCAAAUCAAAACCUCUGGUAUUAAGUGACAAUGAAGAACCUCCUCAAUCUCCGGGGCCAAAGAGUCCAUUUGAAACAGAAGAAGUUGAAUACCAAAAUGGCCAAGAUUUGAAACAAUCCGAAGAGACUACCACUCCAAUAGCCAACACAAUCGCCGAGGAUAGUUCUUCACUUGGCCCACCACCUUCGACACCCGAACACGAGUGGGAAUGUGAAUUCUGCACAUUUGUCAACGAGCCUAAGACUAAAAUUUGUUCCAUAUGUUGCAAGACACCCAAACAAGCUCCACAAAAAGCUUCCCAAAAACAACCUACAGUAACAUCAGCAUCUGCAAAAGUUUCAACAUCUACAACAACAACAACCACUGGUGUUACCAAUGGCAUAGCAAAGUUGAAAAUAUCACAACAAACUGAAGACGAAUCUGAAGACUACACAUCGGCGGCUAAGAAGAAAGAAAUGGAACCUAUCGAUGAUAUUUGGGCAACUUUAGACGAAAACAUUCAAGCUGAGGCCAAGAAAGCUAAACGUAAUGCUGAAACUGCAAUUGAAUACAAAAAAGCAGAAAAAGAUCAACAAAAUUCAACAUCUUCGUCAACCACUGUUGUUGCAAAAGAGAGUAAGAACAAAGUUCAAAAAGUCUCAACAGGUUGUGGGCCUUCGCCACCAAAAGAAAUCACAAGGGAAUUAAGAUCAACGGCGACAUCACCAGUGCCACAAACUAUGGCCACUCAGACGUAUGAUACUGUGGUUCCAAAGAGAAUCGAGGAAAAUAAUCUUAAAACAAUAUCAACAGAGAUGCCAACUAGUGAUUUUCAGAAUCAAUCUUUUACGCCACCAACACGAAAUUUCAGUCCCAAGGAGAUGUUCAUGCCGAUGAUGCCUACAGAGCCUACAACGUCACGAGAAGCUGAAAAUAUGGCUUUAAUGGAUAGGAAUAUGAGGCUUUAUAGAGAUGGGCCAGCUGAAAGAUAUCGCAGUUCUACAGAUAUUCGGUCCCCUGAUCUAUCUUCCGCAGUUCAGGCUAGUCGAACUCAAAUACCGGACUAUAUUUCCCUGCAGAAGGCUCAAACAUAUCACAAUGACAUAUUCUUUGAUCCAUAUGCGACAUCUAAAAGAAAUGAGCCUGCCCGAGACCCUGAGAUUGAACUAUUUAUGAUGCUUAAAGAAGCCGAACAUUAUAAGUUCACUGCUGAAGAAUUACAUGCAGCCUUAAAGAAUUGUGGCGAUACACAUCCGAUUGUUUGGCUCCGAGAUAACUGGUCUAAAUUAAUCCAAACUGUUCAGAGUCUAGCAACAAAAUAUGGCCAGGAACGAAUCGAGAAUGUUAUUGGAACUAUUUCUGCUAUUGAAGCCCGUGAAGCCCUCCGUUUGCAUGGAGGUAAUGUUUGGCAGGCUAUAUCUGAAUGUGUCGAACAGCGACAGCGGAAAUAUCUUGAAAUAUCGGCCAAGGGAAAUUAUUCCCGGGAAGAUAUUGUUACAGCUCUGACAGCUCAUCAUGGCAAUAUGGAUCUGGCGCUACUGGACUUAAGCAAGACUCAGUUAAAACCGUUUUUGAUGAGAGUGUGGGGAUCUCCAGGAGGAGUUGAGAAUGAAAGUGUUAAUUUUAUGCAACCACAACCUCUACCACCGUCAGUUCCUAAAAGUGAAAUCAGUUCUCCAAUUCAUGAAUUUCUUGCUGCAAAUGCAGAACAAAUAGCAUAUACACAAGAUCAAGCUUCAUACAGAAAUACAUUAUCAUCUAUGAAUAGUCCGCUCGAAAUCAAAGAAGAUGGAUUUGGCUGUCAGUCUCAGGCCAACAGUAACAAAAAUGUCUUGAAAGAUCUCGAAAUUCUAAUUGGUAAUAUGGAACAGGUGCAAGCUAAGCAAAACAGUCAGAAUCUUCGAAAUAUGGAAGAUAUGUUGGGGAAUCUUCUUGCAAAGAAACCUCUUGAGCCAGAAUUAGAUUCAGAGUCGGAAAGAAUUUUUAUGAAAAGUCCAAUCUAUUCGAAUAGAAAUGUUGCUAAUAACAGCAAGGCGGGUGAUGACGUAAAGAACUUUGUUUGGCAACAUAUUCAAGAUGUUGCCCCGAAUCUAGUUGAACAAGUCGAAAGGGAUCUUCUUGAGCCAUCACCACCAGUUCUUGAAGUUGAGGAAGCCGAACGCCUGGUUGAACCUCCUCCAAUAGACCCAGAUGAAUUUCUAAUGGAGGAAAUAAUAAGACCAAAUUUAAAACAUUCGACAAAAGAGGAAGAACCGGAGAAUGAGAUGGAAGAUAUUAGUGCAAUGGAAGACUUCAAGCCUUAUGAAGAUAGGGGCUUACUAAGAAAACAAACAGAAGAAUAUGAACUAAAAUCUUUUAAAAAUGCUUUCCGUCAAGUAUACAAAAUGACAAAAGCCCCUGAAUCAUCCAGUGAAGAAGAAAUCAGCGAGGAAGAGUCUAAUGACGAGGAAGACAGUCAGGAAGAAAUAUCUUCUAGAGGUGCACUAAUUCGUUCUACUAUAAAUAAAACUGCGGACUCUGAAAUCAAGAAUUCACCCACAGUUCACCAAUCGGACUCUCCUGCGAUUCAAAUAAAAACUGAAAAAGUAUUAUCUGUCUAUAAAGAAAAUAAGCCUUUAGAAGAACAAAAUGCUGAAGAAUCUCCGAAGAACACAACUGAUGCAAACAGUGUACAAAAUAUUACAAUUACUAACGAUUUACAAUCAUCUAGUUUUGAAAUAAAUGAAGAAAUGAAGAAAGACAAAAUUGUGGGCUACAAAGGAUAUACCUUUCGUUUUGGGUUUAAUAGUUCAAGAAGAAAUAGAAGAGCAAGGAACCGGCGUUCAAUAAAACGAGAAAAGAAAACUACUGAUAGUGAAGUUGAGGAAAAUGAACCUGAAGAAUCUACUUAUAUUGAGGAGCAAAAUGCUCUUUCUGCAUCGGCAGUUCUUCAGAACCAAGACCAAACAGCCCAAAAUGAAAAAUUUGAUGUAUCUACAGAACAACCAACUGAAUAUACUACUCUUAAUAAAUCUGAACUAACUUCAGAAUCUAUUACAACUGAAGAAAUCAGAAAUGCAACUGAAAAUCUUGAAGGUGCGUCUCUACAAAAUAGAUCCAUUCAGCCAGGAAACAAUAAAGAACAGCAAAGUCCUAAAAAAGCUAAUAGAAAUGUGAAGAAACGUUCAAAUAUCCCAUCACGUUCAAAAACUAAGCAAAAUACAAAUUCUGAAAAUACUUCUCAAAAGAUUCAACAAAAGAAAGAAGAUGUUGAAGCAAACAUUUCAGAGGCCAUACAGACAGAAAAGUCACUACCAAAGACUUCUGAAACUGAAAACAGUCAAAAUAAAGUAGAUGUCAUAAUUAAUAGUCCAAACAUCUCUACCUCCAUUCCUGAACUUGAAAGAUCUAAAAGUCAAACACCCAGUCUGCCAACAUCAGCUCUGAAAGAAAUAAAUCAAUCUGAUGAAGCUGACACUAAACCCUCUACAAGUUCACCUCGUAAAGCAUCACAGCUUAAAAAACCUAAAGCUCGAAUCACUGAAAAGAAAAUGGUAACUACAAAAACCGAUGAGCAUUCUUCCAAGCCUUCAAAUAGUUCUUUAACACAAAUAUCACAAGAAGUUUCUACCACAGACAGCUUUAAGGCAAUUCAGUCAGUGCAACAUGAAAACACAAAUUUGCAUAAGUCCUUAGAAUCUUUGAACACAAAGAUUACUGUCAAAGAAAAUACAUUUAAUAUACCUCUUACUGGAGAAUCAAAUAUUCCACAACAAAGUUUGUUCAACGAAGAGACAGUUUUGCCCACAACUUCAAAAAAGAAGCCAACUUCAAAGAUUCCAGUAAAACGAACAACAAGCUCAACCAGCCUUAAAUCUAUAGAAAGUGUUUCAACCUCCUUGACACCAACUCCUACAACAGAAUCUUCUUUUAAUUUUGAAGGCCCACAAAGCCUCAGUAAAGAUCAAAAAGAUCUCUCAACUGAAGAUGAAGAAUUAUUUCAGGAUGUUCAGAGUUCGUCAUCUGAAGAAGAAGAAGACGAACCAAAUUUCUAUAAUGCAAUCGAGGAUAUUACUCAGACUCCAUCGAUUGCUCCACCUAUAGACAAUAAAUCAGUUUCAAAAGAAGAUGAUGAUAACUCAGAUCAAGAACUUUUCAGCAUAGGCAGUGAAGAACCAAACACUUUAAGUACUCGUGAUCUAAUGCAAUCACCAACUUCUGAAAAUGAAGUACUCUUAAUACUUGAAAAUCAAUCUUCAAUCAAGUCAGCACAAAUAACACCUGUAUCGAGUAAUAAGUCGAUUGAUUUUAAAUAUUCCGAUCCAUCCAAACAAAAUCUAUCGGAACUUGUUGAAGAUACUCAGAGAUUGAUAAAACAAAUGAAAGAAGAAAUCAACAUUGAUAUGGCUGCUUUUGAUUCAGAUAAUGAAGAAGAUUAUAGUGAUGAUUAUUCAUAUGAAGAAUACGAAGAAGAAUAUGAAGACGAAGAGGAAGAGGAGGGUGAGGAGGAAGAAGAAGAAGACAAUUCAGAACAAUUCGAUGAAGAAGAAGGAACGGAAAAUGAAGAAGAAUACAGUAAUGCUGAUCUAGAAGGAAGUGAUGACGAUGAAAUUCAUGAAAAUGAAAAUCUAUUGGAAGACGUACAAGAAGAAACUGUUCAGGAACAAAUCGAAAUAGAUGAUACAGAAAAAGAAAAUGUAUUUAGAUCAUUAGCACACAUUUCAACUACAGAACAUGCUUCAUUAGUAGUCGUUAACACAUCAGCUUUAAAUAAUGAAACUAAUCAAACAGACACUGAUCUUAACACUGUUUCAGUAGUUUCAGAUGGUGAGCUUUUUGGAACAGGUGGUUUAAUUGAUGAAAACGAUACUUCUUCUCCGAAACAGGAUAUUAUAGGAGCGGCUACGAGUUCAGACCCAAUUUCGGAAAAUGACUUUGCCAUUGAGCUUACAAAUGUUGAAAGUGAUUUAAUAGAUUCAACAAUAGUUAAUGGUCUGAAACUUGUUCAAACAGAAAUGGAAAAAGUUCUUCAAUCUGAAUCUCAAAGCUCGGAAGCAAUGGAAGAUAACAAACCUUCAACAAGCAAAGCUGUGCAAAUAACAAAAGAAAAUAAACAAGUUCAACAUUUAAAGAAGACACUUCAGAACAAAUCACAAAGCCAACGUAAUAAAUCAAAAAUACCAAGCGUAACUAAAAAUAAGCUCGAUAAUGUUAUUAUUGAUCAAAAGGAAGAAACAAAGAGCUUCCAAAACGCAAAAGGCACCGAUUCAUCAAAUGAUGAAGCUUCUUCGAAUUUAGAAAACUCUUCAGAGUAUAUAUCAGAACCUUUGCAAAUAAACACAAUUGCGUUGGUACCUAAUGCAAAAACAAAAGAAGAACAAUCAAUUACCGAAGAAAUAACAUCUCUUCUUGAAACAAAAUUUAUUGAGUCGUACAAUGAGCUUUCAAAAAGUCAAUCAAAUCAAAACUACCCCGUGACACAAACUGAAAUCCUUGAAAUAAACGAACCAUCUUCAUCAAGAACAAGCUCUGAAUUAAAUAUUCAAGAACCAAAACUUCCCUCGGUAUCCAAGUCACCAGAACCUAAUGUUUCAGAAUACGAUGGGGAAAUAAAAGAAUCAAUCCAAAUUUAUGAAAUAAAUAACACAUCUUCUUCAAGCUCUGAUAAAAUAAUUCAACAGCACACAGAAAAUCAUGAAGAUUUAGAAAAUACUACACAACUAGCUGAGUCAAAUGAACCUUCUCUGUCAAGUUCCACUGAUAAAAGAGUUAUUCAUAACAUAAAUGAACAGCUUUUGCAAGAUAAUUUGGAAAGUAACAAUCAAGAAAAUAAUACUGAAGAUUCAAUAGUUUUAAUUCCAAAUGAAGCAAGUUCCUCACUCGUAUCCGCUCUAAAAGGCCUUCUUAAAAAUGAAGAACCAACCACUUCAGUAACUCAAGUAAAGGAUUUAAUUUCAGCAAGUUCACUGACAAACCAGAUUUUUGAAGCUCAGCCAUUCUUAGAUAGCACAGAUUUUCAAAACGGUGCAAAGCAGAUAUCUGUUACGCCUUCAACAAGAAAACAGGAAAAUGAAAACGUUCCAGGAACAUCAAAAGACUCCAUACCACGAAAAUCUCCACCGAAAAAAACUGUCAGUAAAAUUCCAAAACCAAAAGUAAACUCAAAACCCGCACCAACUCCAACAAGAUCAAAAUCCUUCUCAGCACCUUCACCUAUUGGGGUUUCUUCAGUUCGUGCUAUACAACAAGAGCUCUUUAAUAAACAAGCCCAAUUGGCAAAACCUUCAGUGUCCGGCUUCCAGAGGCCUAUCCCACCAAAACUUGUUCGUAAAAAAUCUAUCACCGAUGCAAUUUCUAAAUUUACUCAAGCUACUUCAGAGCAUACUGUUCAAAGGUCUCGAACCCAACCUAAAAUUCCAAAAAUACCCAAAAAGAAAUACCAUGAAACUUGCUUCAGUGAUGAUGACUACCAAGACUCAAGUUCAGAAGAGGAAGAACCACAACCUGUGGAAGUUCGUUUAAGGAAGCAGAGUGCACCCGUUUUCAGGACUUAUGCCAGCAUAAAGGAGCUCCAACUUGAACAGCCUGAGAUCUGCGCCAAAAGACUAAUUGAUGAGCAGUUAGUCUCAAACAUGGCAGAAGCUCAAAUUGCUGCUGCUCUCGUUGGCAUGCGCUUUCAACAAGAUGUCUCAAUUUGGGCAGCUAAAGAGUGCUGUGAUCUAGAACAAGCGAUAGCGCUCUUACAACAAGAAUGUGAACUCUGCAUGGGUUCUUAUCCCUUGAAUCAGAUUGUUUCAAUGCUUAAAUGUACUCAUAAAUGCUGUAAGGAGUGUGCGAAAAACUAUUUCACAAUCCAGAUUACCGAUAGAAGUAUUAACGACUGCAACUGUCCAUUCUGUAAAACACCAGAACUUCAUGAUCCAAAUGUACUUGAAGAUGAAAAUCUUGAGUAUUUUUCGAAUCUUGACAUUUUCAUCAAAAAUAUCGUUGAACCUGAAGUACACGAGCUUUUCCAGCGGAAACUAAGAGACAGAACAUUGAUGCAGGAUCCAAAUUUUAAAUGGUGCAUUCAAUGUUCAUCUGGAUUCUUUGCAAGACCCAAACAAAAGAGGCUUAUAUGUCCUGACUGUGGUUCGGUUACCUGCAGCCAGUGUCGUAAAACCUGGGAAAAACAACACGAAGGACUAACAUGCGAAAAAUUCCAAGAAUGGAAAGAUGCUAACGACCCUGAAGUACAAGCCAAAGGUGUUGCCGAACAUUUGGCUCUAAACGGCAUCGACUGUCCAAAAUGUCGUUUCAAGUAUUCCCUUGCCCGUGGAGGUUGCAUGCACUUUACGUGCACUCAAUGUAAAUUUGAGUUUUGCUACGGUUGUGGCCGACCUUUUAUGAUGGGAGCCAAAUGUACCGUUUCACCCUAUUGUUCAAAACUUGGUCUGCAUUCACAUCAUCCACGCAGUUGCCUUUUCUAUUUGCGUGAUAAAGAACCCCACACUCUGCAGAAUUUAUUACUGCAAAAUAAUGUUCCAUUUGAUGUUGAUCCGAUUGUUGUUGAAGGUGCAGGCGGCAGCAAGUCAUCAGGCGGAGUUUCUUCUAAAUGUCCCAUUCCAUUGCAAAAAGAAACCCCCAAGGGUUUGGUUGAUACUGUGUGUAAUACUGAUGUACAGAAGGAUCAUGCUGGGCUAUGUCGCCAGCACUAUGUUGAGUACUUGGCUAAUAAAGUAUCAAAAGCCAGUAUUGACCCGUUGCCUAUUCUCGAUCUAACGGAUUGCGUGCAGGAGCUCCGCAGACGAGGUCUUCCUCUACCUGAACGUGGGCCCUGGGACACAGAUGAGAUCUACAGAGAUAUGUGCUCAAAGGUUAUCAAGGAGAAAAUUCCUCUCUAAUGAACUUGAAAAUUCAUCCCAGUCAAGGUUGGCAUUAAAUUACUGUCUUAAGCAAACAAACAACAACAACAAAAACACAAAAUAUCGUCUAUUUAUAAAAUAAGAAAUAUCGAUUUCUAUCUACAUAAUGGGUUGAAUGAAUUUAAUAUUAAAAAAUAUAUAGUUCAUACAUACAAUAUCUAAAGAAAAUAGAAAUUAAAUUUACCUGUGCAACCAAUUUAAUUUUAAAUCACUAUCCAGAGCACUGUCGAGCUCUUUCAAAUGGAAGGAAAGUCAGAACGAAAUGAAGUGUGCCUGUGCACCAGAAAUACAGUCCACUAUGCACCAGUGUACGGAAGCGCAUAAUAUGCUCUACAAUUUAUUUGCUUACUUAAUUAUAUAUAUUUUUUCUAAUCAACUUCGAUCCCUUGAUUGGGAUACCAGGAUUUUUAUAUAUUAUAUUUUAUCUCUUCUUAUUUUUCCUAUUAAUGCAAUCAAAGUUAUACAUACCUACAUAAACAAAUUUAUUUGCAUGGAUGGAUUCAAAAUAAAGUUGAUUUUAUUUAUUACAAAAAU